AUGGCCCUCGCCACCAGAAGAAAAACCUUAAACAUUAUAAUAACAUCCUUAACACUUGUCCUAACCACACAAAAACAAGACACUGCAAAUGCCAUUGAUUUCAGAAUGACAGUCCCAGACCAAUCUCUUGAGGAAGCAGAAACUGGAAUCAAAACCCACGCACAGAAUCUGCUACAAGUGAAGGAUUUGUUAUUAGAAGAAUCAUACAAAGAAGCCCAGAAGAAUCUGAGGAAAAGCUCUUCAUUGCUUAAACAGGAUAUUUAUACAAUUAUUCAAGCAAAGCCAGGGAAAGAGAGGCCUCCUCUCAGGAAACUGUAUUCUGAUUUGUUCAACAGUGUUACUAGAUUGGAUUAUGCAGCUAGGGAUAAGGAUAGGACACGUGUGUGGGAGUGUUAUCAUAGUAUUGUUCUAGCCCUAGAUGAUAUUUUGUCAAGAAUAUAA